AUGAACGAAGACAGCGACAAUCCUUCUCGGCCAGCGUACUUGAUCGACCUAGACCUGGCGAUUAGGAUAAACCGAAAAGGUUCUUCUGGUGCGCGUGGCAGGACCGGUACAAGAGCAUUUAUGGCGAUCGGAGCGCUUUUGGACGAAGAGCACUCAUUCAUGCAUGACUGCGAGUCGUUCUUCUGGGUCCUAUUGUGGAUAUGCGUCCACUAUAACCAAAAAGGUACGGAAAGUGUGGUUGUCCCAGACUUUGAGAAGUGGAAUUAUGUGGACAUGGCGGAAUUAGCCAAAUUGAAAAAGGGCACAAUAGACGAUGAACGCGAUUUCCAGAGGACAGCAGAGGAGAAUUUCACGCCAUACUAUCAGCCAUUAGCUCCUUGGGUCAACAGGUUGCGAAGGAUAGUUUUUCCCAACAACGCAAGAUGGAGGAAAGAGGACAAAGAACUUCCCUCCCGAAUGAAGGAGAUCCUCCGAGAAGCCCAGAAAGAUCCGAAGGUACUAGAAGAAUGA